AUGGAAGAGGAAGUUGCCGCUCUCGUCAUUGACAAUGGUUCGGGUAUGUGCAAGGCCGGUUUCGCCGGUGACGAUGCUCCCCGCGCUGUUUUCCCCUCCAUUGUCGGUCGCCCCCGUCACCAUGGUAUCAUGAUUGGUAUGGGUCAGAAGGACUCGUAUGUCGGUGAUGAGGCACAGUCGAAGCGUGGUAUUCUCACCCUCAGAUAUCCCAUCGAGCAUGGUGUCGUUACGAACUGGGAUGAUAUGGAGAAGAUUUGGCACCACACCUUCUACAACGAGCUCCGUGUCGCUCCCGAGGAGCACCCCGUCCUGCUGACUGAGGCCCCCAUCAACCCCAAAUCCAACCGUGAGAAGAUGACCCAGAUCGUCUUUGAGACCUUCAAUGCUCCCGCCUUCUACGUCUCCAUCCAGGCCGUCCUGUCCCUGUAUGCCUCCGGUCGUACCACUGGUAUUGUGCUGGAUUCUGGUGACGGUGUCACUCACGUUGUCCCCAUCUACGAGGGUUUCGCCCUUCCUCACGCGAUCUCGCGUGUUGACAUGGCUGGCCGUGACUUGACCGAUUACCUGAUGAAGAUCUUGGCCGAGCGUGGUUACACCUUCUCCACCACCGCUGAGCGCGAAAUUGUCCGUGACAUCAAGGAGAAGCUUUGCUACGUCGCCCUCGACUUCGAGCAGGAGAUCCAGACCGCGUCCCAGAGCUCCAACUUGGAGAAGUCCUAUGAACUUCCCGACGGCCAGGUCAUCACUAUUGGCAACGAGCGUUUCCGUGCUCCUGAGGCUCUCUUCCAGCCUAGCGUCCUCGGCUUGGAAAGCGGUGGUAUCCACGUCACCACCUUCAACUCUAUUAUGAAGUGUGAUGUCGACGUCCGUAAGGAUCUCUACGGCAACAUUGUCAUGUCUGGUGGUACUACCAUGUACCCUGGUAUCUCCGACCGUAUGCAGAAGGAAAUCACUGCCCUGGCCCCCUCGUCUAUGAAGGUCAAGAUCAUUGCUCCUCCCGAGCGUAAAUAUUCUGUCUGGAUCGGUGGUUCCAUCCUGGCCUCCCUGUCUACCUUCCAGCAGAUGUGGAUCUCCAAGCAGGAGUACGACGAGAGCGGCCCCUCUAUCGUCCACCGCAAGUGCUUCUAA